AUGGAGACGACCAAAGACCGAGAGGCACAUGCCGACCAUGUAGACUACCAAGAAGAGCCUAAAGAUGUUCUUCUUACAGGACAGGCAGACAAGUUUGGGUCAGUCGCCAAAGUCGAUCCCAAAGAAAUUGCACUCGUUCGGAAACUGGAUGCCUAUCUCAUGCCUAUGCUAUGGUUGAUGUACUUCCUAAACUUCCUCGACCGUAACGCCCUCGUCAAUAGCAAGCUCAAUAACCUCGACAAAGACCUCAACCUGAAGGGAUCUGAGUACAAUACCUGCGUCAGCAUCUUUUUUGUUGGUUAUAUCACAGGGCAGGUUCCGUCGAACAUGCUGGUGACACGCAUCAAGCCCGCAUAUUACAUGUCAGGCUGGAUGAUGGCCUGGGCUAUCGUGUCGACUCUCAUUUGUGUUGUCAAGGACUAUCAUGGAAUGCUUGCGUGCAGGUUGGUGCUUGGUCUCACUGAAGCACCGUUCUACUCAGGCGCCUGCUACCUCGCCAGCUUGUUUUAUACGCGCAAGGAGGUUGCAACACGAAUGGCAGUAUUUUACACAGGCAAUUUGCUUGCAAGCUCAUUCUCUGGUCUGAUCGCCACUGGCGUCUUUGCCGGUCUAGAUGGACGGCACGGCUUGGCCGGGUGGAGAUGGUUGUUCUUGAUACAAGGUGUUUUCACAAUUGGUGUUGCCCUGGUAGCAUUCUUCGUGCUGCCCAAUGCUCCACUCCAAACUCGGUGGCUUACCCGAGAAGAGCGCGAGUUGGCUCAUUCGCGUGUUGCAAACGAUACGACUGAAAUGCGACAGGGAACCAGCACGUGGUCUGGCCUCUGGGAAGCUGUCACAGAUUAUCGCACCUGGGUCCCCGCUCUCAUGGGCAAUCUUCACCUCUCAGCUAACAACUUCAAGAAUUACUUACCGACAGCCUUCAACGAACGCACCUGGCACAUCACAGGUUCUAAGGCGGUCGCCAUCGUCGGCUUCGCGGUAGCAACAAGCACGAUGAACAUCGGCGCACGCUACUUUGCCAUGGUUGUAUUCGUGGCGGCCACAUAUGGAGUCAACAACAUUAACGUUGCGUGGACGUCAGCAACGGUUGGCCAAACUGACGAGAAGAAAGCUGCCGCAAUCGCAAUUGUCAAUACAUUGGGCAACCUGACCUUUGUCUUCACCCCUUAUCUGUGGCCGGACAGUGACAGUCCUCUUUUUCGUAGAGCCAUGAUUGCUAGCAUCGCUUUCUCGCUGGGAGUGGUCUUGACAGCAUGGGCUAUGAAGUUCAUUUUGAAACGCGCCAAUAGGAAAAUCAGAGCCACUCAGGAUGAAGCAAUCAACCUUUACGCGUACUAGAUCAAUCACUAUCUGUAGAUUCUAGACAGCUGGAGACCUUCGUGUUGAAGUGAUGUGUUGGAAUAAGCGGAAGUAUCUACAGUGGUGCGGAUGCAGACCAUCAAGUAUGUACAUGGUGAAGGAAGCGUUGUAGUUUGGGGAUGGGGUGGAUCACUGUGCCCAACCAGCAUCGGUCCAAACAGGGCCGCCGGGAGGAGUGUACUCGGUAACUUUACGGUAAUCGAGCAGAAUCUAGUCAGAGAUAGUCAACAUCUGGGCGUUACUAAUUGACACUGAGAUAC